AUGGGUCGUCGAAAGGCUCUUUGCACUAUUCCAUUGCAAUCUGGAGGUUCUUACGAAAGUCUGUCUUCGAUCGACAUUUGCACAAAAGACUUUCUACAGCAAAAGUAUGACCAGUCUUUGUCGGAGCCUCAUCAGACAACACUUUACGCCGACACCACCAUUGGACACAUUAACCGAAUAGAGACCCUGUUUACUGAAUACUGUGACAUCCUCCAGUUGGACCCUCGCGAGACGCUGAGACAAUGCGAAAUCGCUCGGCUUGAAAACUUCCUUCAUUGGAUGCUGAAGGUCUAUAACAUCAAGAAAACCAGUGCAGUGACAACGUACUGGCGGCAAUUGAGUCAACUGCAUAUUACAUGGUGGCAUUUUCGCAUCGAGCCGAUGAUUAUGAAACAAGUUUUUGUGUUUAUUCAAGGCACUCUCACCAAAGAAUACAAUCUUGACUCCAGCGAACGAGAGCCUCAGCUGUUGGAGGCGGAAGACUUUGUGCAGGUGAUCCAGUAUCUCUGGGCCUCCGACAUUAAUGUCUUUCCCAACGAGCGACAACGAGUGCAGGUCGCGGCAAUUCUUCUCUUGGCUGCGUUCACCGGCUCGCGGCCAGGUGCAUUGCUUCAAAUCACGUAUCGUGACCUUCGCCUGUACGUGGAGAAGAAUCGCAAAACCAAGAAGCACGAGCUGAAGUUGGGGGUGAAGCUGACCAAAACAAAGUCUGGUAAGAAGCGACAGCGACCAAAAACGUACACGUUUAAUCUCGAUGACAAUCCGGUUUUUUGUAUCGUCAGUCACAUCAGCAGCCUCGCCUUUGACGACGGGGCUUUCUGGGUACCCGAACUGGUCAGUGCUGAUGAGUUGUAUUCCCUCCGAGCCAGAAAUGGCUGGAAUCAGACCAUCCCGUGGAACAGAGAUAUGCUGGACGUGCCCAUCUUUCGACGAGCGAUCAAAACACCGCACGGUAUGCGCACCUCAUCUCGUCUCGGUCUCACAUACCGACAGUAUCAUGGAUGGGUGGUGCGGCUUGGUGAAGCCCUUGACUUUACGGAUACCUUGACAACCUACUCUCUACGGCAAAACCUUGGGAAUGUCAUAAAUGAUGACCCCAACUCGAACGCGGCGGUUCGCAACUUGGUGAUGGACCACACCAUGGGAUCAGGGAUCUUUGAACGGAAUUAUCUUUCUCGACGAAUACGAUAUAGCACGCAGGACGCUUUCUGGGGGCGCGAAACGGACCAUGAGUCCGCGAAAGCAGCCAGUCGCAUCCAGCGAUUCCGGGACCCGAAUCGCCCGAGAAAAUUAACCUUGGAACAGAAACAAGAGGUCCGUCACAGUCGCCAGGUGUUGGAGUUGACCUCUAUUCGGGAUAGACUUUGUAUGCAGAUCGAGGAGACGUUUGGCGUCGUCAAGAUGGCGGAAGGAGAGCCGAUCCAUCGAGACUACCAGGCUGUGCGACGACAGCUCGACAGUACCAUCCGAGCCACAGAACGAGCGUUGCUCAAGCGGGCUCAGGAAGACUAUGAUACCGUUGCUCCCGUGCUAGCUAUUCAGCGACAAUUAAAUGGCGAGAUCACAGACGAUGAAGAUGAUAGUUUAGAAAUUGAGAUGACCGAGAUCCGACUGGCCGAACGACGCCAGAUUGCGGAGGUUGCACUGCGUGACCCAUCCACGUUUAUGAACCGCAAAGGCUUCGGCUUGCAUGUUGAGUUUGUGGUCAAUAUGACUGCGUUGUGUAGACGAAGAGAGCGACCACGGCUCCGAAAGCAUCAGCCGCAGAAGGAAUCACCCAGCAAGGUUGCAGAUGGUCCAACCCGCUCUAUCAAACUAGAACCAGAAAUCAAGCGUGAUCAGCCACUAACGUGUGGGAAAUUUCAAUGCCUCUUCUGUUUGGCAGAAGGUCUUCCCCUAGAGGACUGUCAAUACAAAAGGAAAUACACUCUUCAGAAACAUGUGGAUCGAUGGCAUCUCCGGGGCUAUGGCUCGGGUGACUUAAUUCCAUGCCCUGAUACUCGCAUGUGCUCCAAGAUCGUUAUUAACGGGAAGAUGGCGUUCAAAGUGCAUUCUGCAAAAGUGCAUGGUUUCAUUUUAUAG